AUGGGCAUUGAGGGUAACAAAAGUCUUGACUUCCUAUCUGUCUUCCUGACUGGCAUCCCAGGACUAGAAGCUCAACAUGGCUGGCUCUCCAUCCCCUUCUUCAUCAUGUACAUUGUGGCCAUUGUGGGCAACAGUUUAAUCCUGGCAGUAGUGCAAGGAGACUCUGCCCUACACGAGCCCAUGUACCUGUUUCUCUCCAUGUUGGCUGUCACUGAAGUGGGUGUCUCUGUGUCAACACUGCCUACUGUGAUGGGCAUUCUUUGGUUUGAUGCACGCAGGGUGGACUUUGAUGGCUGCCUGGCUCAGAUGUUUUUCAUUCACACCUUCUCCUGCAUGGAGUCAGGGGUGCUGCUGGCCAUGAGUUACGACCGCUUUGUGGCCAUCUACAACCCGCUGCGUUACACAGCCAUCCUGACCCCGCCCCGCAUCAUCUCCAUGGGUCUGGGCAUCACACUGAAGAGUGUGGCAUUCAUGGCCCCACUUCCUGUCCUUCUGAGACAACUUCCCUAUUGUCACAUUAACGUUCUAUCCCACUCCUAUUGCCUGCAUUCAGACCUGAUCCAGCUGCCUUGUGCUGAUACGAAGCUCAAUAGCAUCCUGGGUUUGGCCAUUGUCCUUGCCACUUUCGGUCUGGACUCACUGCUCAUCGUGGUGUCCUAUGUGCUGAUUCUUUCCACGGUGCUGGGUAUUGCUUCAGGGGAGGGACAGAGGAAGGCCCUCAACACGUGCGUGUCACAUAUCUGCGCAGUGCUUGUGUACUAUGUGCCCAUGAUUGGGGUCUCUGUGAUGCACCGGGCUGCCAAGCACGCUUCUCCUUUGGUCCACACAGUCAUGUCUAGCAUCUACCUCUUUGUGCCACCCGUGCUCAACCCCAUCAUCUACAGCAUUAAGACGAGGCCAAUCAGACAGGGGAUUGUCACCUUGUUCUCUUGCAAGAAGGAACGGACCUGA